GCGGACGAAUCAUAUUUCAUCUCCAUUUUACAGCACAACUUCAUCUCCACCCACCCUACUGUGUUGGUCCUGCUCUCAAUAACAUCCUUUAAAUAGCCAUGAAAAAUUCAUCUUCUCAAAGGAAGAAACUAGGAUUUUUAGGUUGGAGGUGAGGUCAGAAGUGCCCAGAAAAACCCCUACCAGGGGUGGGGUAUAUAUAUAUAUAUUAUAUAGACAGAGGAUCGGAGGGAUAUUGAUGUCGAAGAAGAAUACAGGGAUUAUACCAAGACCAUCUCCACUAUGGAAACAGAAAUCAUGGUCACCGGAUACGGAUCGUGAUGAUGCUUGGUUGAGAAGGAAAGGGAUCAAUAAAAACAGAAGUAGAAGGACAAAAAGUGUUACGGAUGAAGAUCUUGAAGAGCUUAAAGCUUGUAUUGAGUUAGGAUUUAGUUUUGAUUCUCCUGAUGUAGAAUUAAACCAUCGGUUAUCUGAUACUUUACCUGCUUUAGGUCUUUAUUAUGCUACUAACAAAUCUUCAUCGGGGGUGUCUUCUUCGUCUUCGUUGUCUAUACCCGAAUUUGAUCCUGCUUCACCUACGGGUAGUCCUCAUACAAUUCUUAGUCCAGGUGAGAAUCCACAGAUAGUGAAGACAAGAUUGAAGCAGUGGGCACAAGUGGUGGCUUGUACGUUAAGACAAUCUUGUUGAUGAUGAUCAUAAUCAGGCAAGAAUGUACAAUUAAUCAAGGUCUUUUAAUAUUGUUCUUGUAAUUUUGGUGCUAUCAUUUUGCUGGAACAGUUUUUUUGUGAUGGCUGAAAAAGAUAAUGGAAAACAGACGUGUUUUGGUUGGAUUGACUUUUGGUAAAGAAGAUGAUAAUAACUUCUAAUUAAUUAAAUAAUAAUUAGUAGAAAGAUGCUAUAAACAUAUGAUUGGAGUUGUAAAGAAUAUGCGUUUCUUGA